AUGAAUGUUGUCAAAUGCCAUGAUCGAUUUUUUUGUAAAGCUACUGGAGUUGCCAGCAAUGCAUGCAAAGCGGCAAGAGUUGGCUGCUCAGUUUUUCUUGUACUGCCAAGAUGGAAGAAAUUGGAGCUCGGGUUCUUCUUCUCACCGGCAGAAGCACAAGCAGGGGAGCUCCGGGUGGCAGCACGAGCAGGCCCGCCGGGGAAGAGCAGCAACUUGCAGCAGAAGAAGCUCGAGGUUGAGGAUGAGCUUGAGUUCCAGGCCCGCCUGGAGCUCCAGGUCCAGGCGCUCGAGACCCAGGCGCGCGCAGGUCCUGUGCGGCGCCGGCGCAGGCCCUGGGCGGCGCGAGGGAUAGCAGCGCAGCCCUGGGCGGCGGGAGGGGAUAGCGAUGCAGCCCUCGGCGGCGGAAGGGAUCGGGGCGGGAGAGGAUGGCGGCGGGGCAGCGCCCUUCAGCAGUGGAGCCGCCGCCCGUCGAGGUGGUCGCCGCGGAGGAGCAGGUGGACGGCGCGACGCAGCUCGCCUCCGUGCGGGCGAUGCAGCUCGCCUCCGUGCGGGCGACGCAGCUCGCCUCGGGCGGCGCAGGUGGGCAGGGGCGGUGGUGGUUCACAGCGGUGGCGCAGGCCCUGGCCGUUGUCACGCGCUCGGCCCUAUGGUGGGUGCCGACGGUGGCGCGAGGGACCACAGUGCGCGCCGGCGACGGAGAAAGGAGGAAGAAGCAGCGGGGUGUGAUUAGCAAGAGAUUUGAAGCUAGAAGGGG